AUGAAGCCACUUACUUCCCCUAACCCGGACAAGUUCUCGAAGGCGUUGGGGAUGUCCUACAAGGGCUCGAACAUCAAUGGGAAAAUAUGGAUUUUUGUGGAGGAGGAGGCGGAUUUUGUAGUGGAGGAUAACUCGGAACAAAUGUUUCAUGGGAGGUUUACGUGUCCUCGGAUACCAAAUCCUAUUAUGCUCUCGGCCGUGUAUGCCAAAUGCACGAGAGGGGAGCGGCUCGCUCUUUGGGAAAAGAUGAGGGACAUUACUCAAGUGUUGGAAGAGAUGCCUUGGUUCAUUGGAGGGGACUUCAACACCAUCCUCUCCACUCGAGAUAGAACGGGAAGUGACACCAAUCGGCAGGCGGAGAUGGUAGACUUUGCCGAGGCCAUUGAGGAUUGCAGACUUAUGGACCCAGGAAUUGAUGGGUCAGAAUACACUUGGGCAAAGAAUGGCCUUAUGGAAAGAUUGGAUCGGGUGCUAGUCAGUGAAACGUCAUCCCAACUGUUUGACGCAAUAAGAGUCACUAAUCUCCCCCACAUUGCUUUGGAUCAGGGACCAAUCCUCGUCAGAUGCAGAAUGCCGAACAACCACGAGGGUGGCAGAGCGUUCCGGUUCCAAAACAUGUGGGUAAGGCAUGAGGGCUUUGCCGGGGUGGUGCAAGACGAUUGGAUGGCUCCUACAGAAGCUCCUCGCCUUCUCAACUUAAAGAUCAAGCUUGCAAGGAUCAAAAGAAAGUUCAAACGGUGGAACAAAGAGGUCUUUGAGAAUAUACACGCCAAUCUCAAAACUUGUGAAGAGAACAUUGCCGUGGCUCAAUCGGAGUUCGAAGGAAACCCCUCAGCCCGGAAUAGAGCGGAGGUCAACAAACAAAUAGCCGAGUACAUCCUUCUUCUCAAGAUGGAGGAAGACUUUUGGGGUUAG